UGCGCUUUCGAUUUUCAUUUACGUGACCGGUUUCUCCUCUCGUCCUCCCCAUUUCCCCUUCCUCGUUCCUUCGUCUCGACUCUUCUUCCUCUAGCCUGAUCGGAACGAGGAAGACUUUGAGGGGUUUUGGCGGGCCGGCGAUCAGGCUCAUCGACCAUGACCGAUGUAUUCCAGGGCUACGAGCGGCAGUACUGCGAGAUCUCGGCCUCCCUCUCCCGGAAAUGCACCGCCGCCGCCUCCCAGGAGGGAGAGAAACUGAAGCAGAAGGCCUCGGAGAUCAAAUCCGGCAUCGAUGGCGCCGAGGCAUUGAUAAGGAAGAUGGAUCUUGAAGCAAGGAACCUCCAGCCGAGCUCGAGGGCCGGGCAACUGGCGAAACUGAGAGAGUACAAGUCGGAUCUUAACAAUCUGAAGGGAACGUUGAAGAGAAUCACUGCUGGUAAUGGCCAACAAGGGGCGAGAGAGGAGUUGCUGGAGUCAGGAACGGCAGAUACGUUGGUGGUAUCUGCUGAUCAAAGGUCAAGAUUGCUCAGGACAACGGAAAGGCAAAAUCAGACAACUGAUAGGAUCAGAGAUAGCCAUAGAACUAUGCUGGAGACAGAAGAGCUUGGAGUCUCCAUCAUGCAUGACUUGCAUCAGCAACGCCAGUCUCUUUUGCAUGCUAAUGAUACGUUGCAUGACGUGGACGAUAACAUUGGCAAGAGCAGAAAGAUCAUGGGGGCUAUGGUGAGAAGAAUGGAUAGGAACAAGUGGGUUAUCGGCUUCCUGAUAGCCCUUCUUGUUUUAGCGAUCCUAGUAGUCCUGUAUUUCAAGUUUGUGCACUGAGUGAUUCCUUGCCAUUACCAUAUGACUGCAUUUUUCUAUGCCAACUGCCUUUACAUUUUAUUUUUGUUUCACAUUUUCCAUGCCAUUUUUUUGUUUGGUUUUGCAGAACCAUUUAAUGUGGCCGUGUUUGUUGUUUUUCCUAUAAAAAAUGUUGAGAUGAUUUGGCAUGUUGUAGAUAAAACAUAUGUUUAUGACGGAUAUACACAAUUCGCGAGCAGUUUGGAUUUUGGAUUUUAAA